AUGAGUCAGGACCUAGGCCUUCUUCCAGCACCCUGCAUCCAGCACCCAGGCCUUCCACCAGGACCAAGGACCCAGGAUCCAGACCUUCUACCAGGAACCAAGACCAAGGACUCAGGAUCCAGGACCCAGGCCUUCUACCAGGAUCAAGGAUCCAGGACCCAGAACUCAAGGCCUUCCAGACCCAGGACCCAAGUGCCAGGCCUUGAACCAGGACCCAGGAUCCAGGAGCCAAGCCUUCCACCAGGAGCCAGGAGCCAGGACCCAGCACCCAGCACCCAGCAGCCAGGUCUUCCACCAGGAGGCAAGACCAAGGAUCCAGGACCCAGGCCUUGCAAUAAAAGCCAGGCCCAAGGACCCAGGACCCAAGCCUUACACCAGCACCAAGGAUCUAGGACCCAGGACUCAGGCCUUCCACUAGGAGCCAAGACCCAGACCUUCCACCAGGAGCCAGGAGCCAGGACCAAGGACCCAGGACCCAAGACCCAGGACCCAGUCCUUCUGUUGGGAUCAAGGACCCAGGCUUUCUACCAGGACCCAGGAGCCAGCACCCAGACCUUCCACCAGGACCCAGGACUUAGGAACCAGGCCUUGAAGCAGGACACAGGACCAGGGACCCAGGACCCAGGCCUUGAACCAGGACUCAGAGCCAGGACCAAGGACCCAGGACCCAAGACCCAGGACCCAGUCCUUCUGUUGGGAUCAAGGACCCAGGCUUUCUACCAGGACCCAGGAGCUAGCACCCAGACCUUCCACCAGGACCCAGGACUUAGGAACCAGGCCUUGAAGCAGGACACAGGACCAGGGACCCAGGAUCCAGGCCUUGAACCAGGACCCACACCCAGGCCGUCCACCAGGACGCUCACACAGGACCCAGGCCUUGAACCAAGAGCCAAGACCAAAGAUCCAGGAUUCAGGACUCAGGACUCAGGCCUUCCACUAGGAGCCAGGACCCAGACCUUCCACCAGGAGCUAGGUCUUGAUCCAGUACCCAGGACCCAAGAGCCAAGCCUUCUACCAAGAGCCAGGACCAAGGACCUAGGCCUUCCACUAGGAGCCAGGACCAAGGACCCAGGACCCAAGAUCCAGGACCCAGUCCUUCUAUUGGGAUCAAGGACCCAGGCUUUCUACCAGGACCCAGGAGCCAGCACCCAGACCUUCCACCAGGACCCAGGACUUAGGAACCAGGUUUUGAAGCAGGACACAGGACCCAGGACCCAGGCCUUGAACCAGGACCCAGUACCCAGUGCCCAGGCUUUCUACCAGGACCCCGGACUCAGGAACCAGGCCUUGAAGCAGGACCCAGGACCCAGGCCUUGA